AUGGCAGCCAAACCACAUCACACAGUUGCAAAGCUGAGACGCGAGUAUGCCAAGCUCGGUUUGCCUAACUCCGGAAAAAGAGCCGACCUCGUGAGACGUCUACAAGAUUGUCGGAUUUCUGCUACAGCACCCACACCUGCAGAUUCAUCCUCUUCAGACGAAGAUUUCAUUGGUUGUUGGGUCGCUACAACCAUAUUAUCUCAUGUUUCAGAUGCGAUUGAAAUGGCACGCCAAAAGCUCAUAGAUGCAGCACAGAAUGACACUCUUCAAGAGGAAACCUUACGCAACGACGACAGGGUCAUCACUAAUCGCCGCGGAGGGUUCUUAUCCCGUAUGAGAGAGGAUCUUGAUGACGUUUGUAACAAGCUAGCCAUCUUAGACGAGAAACUUGAGGCCACAACUGCAAGGCUGACCGCCUUAACUGCAGACCACACCGUGAAGACCGAGGCCCUUUUCGCGAAGACAGACGAACUCGAGCGCACCGCUGUCGGAUUCCGAGACUUCCGGAACAAAUUUAUCGGUACAUACAAACGCGAUAUUCUACAAGAUUAUAAUGAUGAAAAUAUCAACUGUUUUAAUGAUGGCGAUGUCAAUUCUAAUGACACUACCCUGGUGACUAGGAGUUAG